AUGGCUGAUAUGGUGAAUGUGAAUGAUGACGAUGAAGCACGCCGAAAUGAAAUAAGAACUAUGGUUGUGGAAGAAGUAAAGAAAGCAAUUGAGGCUAGUAUACCCCGACUAGCUCAAGAAGUCGAAGGACAAGUAUUGGAGGUAGUUAAUACCUCGGUAACAUCCAAGGUGGAAGAAUUGAAAGAAAUGAUUAGUGAACUGCAAGUGAAGAAAAGUAUUCGAAGAUGCACGUACAAAGAGUUCAUGGCAUGUAACCCCUUACCAUACAAAGGGGAAGUUGAUCCGAUAGCUUGUCAAAGGUGGAUCUCAAGUACCGAAGCCGUGUUUACACGAAGUAGAUGUGAAGUGGAGGACCAAGUAAUGUUUGCUACGGGCCUCCUACAACUUCAAGCAAAAGAUUGGUGGGACGCAUACUCGAAGGAAUUGGGGGAUGAUAAAGUACAGUCAUUAACAUGGCAAGAAUUCAAGGAGUCAUUUUUGAAAUAUUACAGUCCACAAUCUGCAAUCGAUAAGAUUCAGGAAGACUUCUUACGUCUCAGACAAAAGGAUGAAACGAUUGACGAGAUAACGAACAAGUUCCUUGAGAGGGUGAAGUUUUGUGAGGAGAUAGCGGGGACUGAGAGGCAAAGAAUUAUACGUUACCAUGCUAUGUUAAAGGCUGAAUAUCGGGAAUUUGUAAAUCCCUCCAAGUGUGCAACGUUAAAUGAAUUAAUCGAAUGGGCAAGAGAUAGAGAAAUUGAGAUAAAAAGACAGGUUGAACGGGGAGAGAAAAGGGUAGCAGAGAAGCCUACCAACGCAAGCCCAUCGAAAAAGGCAAGAUAUCAAGACCAAAGCAAAAAGGGGAAAACAACUAGUGAAAUUCCGACUUGCAAGACAUGUGGGAAGCAUCAUUUGGGUGAAUGUUUGUCGGGAAAGAAGGGAUGCUACAAAUGUGGACGAGAGGGACAUCCGUUUUAUAGGUGCCCCGAAAACCCAAAGGCGUGUUAUAAUUGCAAUGAAACGGGACACAUUAAGGCGGAAUGUCCGAAACUCCAACAAGGGGCAAAGAAAGAUGGAAAGAAGGAUGAGUCUCCCAAGGCUCGCGGGAGGAUGUUUCAGUUAACCUCGGAUGAAGCUAAAGCUAGCCCGGAUGUGGUUUCAGGUAUAUUCUUGGUUAAUUCUAUGCCUAUGAAUGUUUUAUUUGAUUCCGGGGCUAGUAGGUCGUUCAUUUCUAACGAAUUGUUAGCUCACCCAUCGUUUAAGCUUGAAAAGAUGUUAAUACCCUUAGAGGUGGAAGUUGCUGAUAGUAAAAGCUAUUUGUUGCACGAUAUUUGCAAAAACUGUAAGAUAAUAAUCGAAGAUGAGGAAUUUAGUAUAGAUCUUGUUCCAAUGUACAUGGGGGAAUUUAAAGUAGUUGUAGGAAUGGAUUGGCUAGCCCAAAACCAUGCUGAAAUUCAAUGUGAAAAGAAAGUCAUUCAUGUAGUAACCUCGGGGGGGGGGGGGGGGGAACGGGUAAGUAUUCAAGGGGAAAGGGUCAUCAAGUCGAAAUUGUGUUCUAUAAUCAAAGCUGUUAAACAUAUGAAGAACAGAGGAAGGGCGUAUCUAUCUUAUGUGAUUGACACCGAUCGAGGUGUUCCAAAGCUUGAAGAUGUAAAUGUAGUGAACGAAUAUCCGGACGUGUUUCCGGAAGAAUUACCGGGGCUUCCGCCCGAGCGGGAAGUAGAAUUCAAGAUAGAGCUUAACCCGGAUGCAAAGCCGGUAGCUAAAGCCCCUUAUCGGCUGGCCCCGACCGAAAUGAAAGAAUUGAUGACGCAACUUCAAUAG